ACACGCGCGGCAGCAGCAGGAGCAACGGAGGAACAUUGAAAACACAGAGUCCCAAACAGGGACAGACGGGGUCCAACAACGUCCCCUGUCCGAAACAAACACCACUGGAUACAUGCUCCGUUAAAAGGACGACGCUUUUCAAAGUGCACCAUUGCCGUUUGGUUUUAACAUCAGGCAUUGAAGAAGUGGGUUUAUCGGGAAGUUUGCUACUCACAGCAGCAGUUACUGGAGCAUGAAAGCCGGUGUGGAGCGGAGAGCAUCUAUCUAAACUUCACUGACUCCAUUUGCUUGGUUUAGGCCAAUUUCUCCGAUCUUCUUGAAUCCUUCAUUUAUUUUCCAAAAGAAGCGUGUUUUAUUGCACCGUGGUAGUUUCUCUGUUUGGUCGCUUAGGGACUCGCCAAAAACAUCCAACUUUGUAAAAACAACAUUAAGGUUAUCGAACAUUCACUUAGAUAAGAGAAGAAAGAAAAUCGAAAGGAAAGACAGACGGAGAAGUGGAUGUAUUUUCAGCCAUGGAUGUAACAGUUUACCCGCCUCCUCCUCAGUCUCUGGCCGCGUCAGACCACACCAGGCUGGGGCAACUCUCCUACCCUGACCCGGGCUUUGGGACCAACAAGCUGGAUGGGGACACCAUGUUCCUGGGUAUGCCAGAAGCCGGCCUUGACUUUGCCUCAACCAAUCAGUUUCGUGUGCCACAGCCCCCUCACCCUCUCAGCAAGGUGACGCCAUCCAACCAACCCUCACAGCACUGGAGGAGAGACACACACAUGGCUGACACACACCGUCUGCCUUGGUCCUACUCAGUGGGUGGUUUGGGCGAUGAGGACUUCAACAUCCCGCCCAUCACUCCCCCCACCCUGCCAGAGCACAUGCUGCACCCCCAUCUCCCCCAUGAUUCCCGCUCUGGACCGUACCACCCUAUGGACCCCCCGUCCAGCUCAGCUCCACACCACCCCUACCAGCUGCAGGGCAUGGAUCUGCCUGGCAUGCCCGGGGGCCAAGAUGGAAGUGCUAUGUUGAACCAAGAUGGAGGCACAUUCAGUCCGGAUGGAGGCCCAAUGACCAGCACCCUGUCUGUGAUGCAGCAGAUGGUGAACUCUGACUCUCGGUUCACAAGCAGCCAACAGCCAAUCGAAGCUGCGCUCGGACCCAGGAGCCAAUCAGGCAUGAGCCAGCAAAGUCAGUUGUCCACCAUCAACCAAUCCCAGCUGGGGCUGAGUGGGAACUCUGUUACCCAUCAUUCUCCUUCACCCCCUGGAAGUAAAUCGGCCACACCAUCUCCCUCCAGUUCAGCUCAUGAGGACGAGAAUGAUGACGGACUCAGGCUGGGCGGUGGAGCAGAGAAGAGGCCAGCAACAGUGGACAUCGCCAAGAAACCCAAAACACCAAAGAAGAAAAAGCGCAAGGACCCCAAUGAGCCAGUGAAGCCAGUAUCUGCCUACGCCUUGUUCUUCAGGGACACCCAAGCCAACAUCAAGGCCCAGAACCCUAACGCCACCUUUGGGGAGGUGUCAAAGAUCGUGGCCUCCAUGUGGGACGGCCUGGGAGAGGAACAGAAACAGGAGUACAAGAAGAGGACAGAGACGGCUAAGAAGGAGUAUCUGAAACAACUGGCAGCCUACAGAGCCAGUCUGGUCUCACAGAGUUACAAUGACCCAUCUGAAAUGAAGCUGCCCCACUCUUCCUCCCUACCUUCCUCUUCCUCUACCUCAAUGUUUACACCCAAACCUUCGGUCUACCCUGUUCACCCAAGCCAACACCAUUCCUCCAGCUCACUGGCCCACCCCCAACACCAUCCCCACCCCCACCAACACCCCCACCCUCACCCCCACCCUCACCCUCACCCUCACUCUCACUCUCAUCCUCACCCUCACUCUCUACCUUCCCACCAGCACCCGAACAUGUACAUGCCGUACCCUCACCAGUCGCACCCUUCCCAUGCCUCCAGCCCUGGCCUCAGCCCGCACCUUCCCCCUCCUCACACCCAGAUCCACCCCCAGCUCCAGGCUCUGUCCUCCAGAGGGACUGUGCCACGGCCCAGCGUCCCCCAUCAGGGAGGUCUGUCCCUUGGCAGCAUGGCGGCGGCAUCCAGCCCUCCUCUCCAGGUCAGCCCUCCCCUGCACAGCCAGGCACACCUGGGGGGGCUGCACAGUCCACACCAUCAGCACCAUCAGCAUCAUCAGCACCAUCAGCACCAGCAGCUCAGUGGACACUCUCUGGGAAUGACACACUCGCCUGCCAUCACACAGGGCUACCACCCCUCCCUCCAUUCUGACUACCAGCAAUUAGGAGGAGGUAUGCUCAAUGGUGGAGCAGUGAUGUCAUCUUCAGUGGACUACCAUCAGCUGGGUCGACACACGCAGAACCACCACCCCUCUCUGGACUGGAGUACUGAUUACCAUGGCAACGGCGGCCUGCAGAGAGACAAACCUCUCUAUCUGAGCUAAUCUCAGGACAACAUGACAACAAACUUCAAACAAGCCCUUCGACUGCCACAGCAUGGAACCUCAUGUCUACAUGAUGAACCCAGGCCAGCCAGUCCAACCAGAACCCACGAGGACUCAACCAACAGACCACCUACACUUGAACUAAACUUAAGUUCAGCACUUCAAACAAAAGCCCCGGCAGUACAAUAAUGGCACAUUUCUGUGUAUUACUACCAACAGGGCAGUGUUAAGAACAGAAAGAAGAAAUGCUUUUCCCCCACUUUCUGCAUGCCCCACGGCUGGUCUGGCAUCUGCUAUUGGCUGUGUUUCUUCUACUGACCAUUUAUGGCAUAAGACAUGUUAUGCUUUGAAUUGAAAUUGUGUAUACCAGCGAGGAGAGGUGUGCAGGUCCUGAGCUGUGAACCAUGAUAAUAGGUGUAUAUACUCCAACCUCCCUCAGAAAGGCAUAUUCUGUCUGCCCCUUAAAAGUCCAUCUAUUUCCUCAUUUUGUAUCCAAAAGGCUAUGAGGAGCAGGUGUAAAUUGCUGUAACAUAAUAGUUUGAGCUGUCGAUUUAAAGCCAAUUGACUUUUCUUCUUUGACCUCAUACUUGCUGAAUGCUUCUCUGGCCAAAGUGAAGAGAACUCAUCACACACGAUAGGUUGAUAACCAAAUACUACACAAAUUGUGUUUCCCGCUGGUUCUUUAAUUAUAUGAAUAUUAGCAUUGGAUUUGAUGCCGUAUGGACUGAAGUCCCACACACAGAGAAACGUAUGGCAGCGUUGAACAGAGUGAUAAUGACUGAAUUCACACGGCUGUAAUUAGCUUAAGACAAAUAAGAGAAAGAGGUGGAACAGCACCUGAGGCAGUUUGUUUAAGCAGGCACUGGCUGUGAAUAAUUGUGUACGAUUAAAGAACUUUCAUUGUUCUUUUGCAGUGAGGCUCAGAUCUGCAGGGUAGAAAUUCAAUGUAUUUUAGUCCUUAAAAUAAUCAAAUGUCAAACAAUUCUUUGUAAAAAAAAAAAAAAAAGAAACAAAAAUACUCCUUUGUAUGAUGACGGCUCCUCCUCCUGGCAUAUGUCUGUUGA